UUUAUCUAGCAUGGUGUGGACUACAGAAUCAUAACGCCAACUAAGAGGUCUCUGUCAUGUUUACCCUGCAAACCUUGCUCUCUCAACUGUUGUAGAACUGGUCGGGGUACUGCUCAGAUAGAACCGAUGAACAAGGUCCUGGUGUGGAGGUGUACCCACUGUACCUACGAUAAUGAGCCUGCAGUUAAGGUAUGUGCGGCAUGUUCGCGGACUCGUGAGGCAGGUUGCACUGGUUCGGGGACAGCAGAUGCACUGAAAAAACAGCAGAAACGUAUUAGGUACCGCAACGCGGAACCAACCUCUGGCUGUGCCACCAGAAGAAUGGACUUCAAGAGGUCAGACUCAGAGACAUCCCUCUCUUCAGCAGGGAGCAGCAGUCUAGGUAGUCAGACCUCCCUGUCCUGCUCUUCCUCCUGGAUCUGUGCCAAGUGUUUCAUUGAGAACCCUCUCCAACACAGGGCGUGUAUUUCUUGUAGUACGGAGCGUAAACACAUCUCCCAUUUCCCCCACAACCUUCUCAACAACAGAGACUUUAAACACUUACACAAGGAGGAGUACAUAGGUAAGAAGAGUUGUCAACUGAAACCUCUACCACCCCUCUUAACUAACUCUCCCUCUAUCUGGGUUUGUGGGGACUGCGCGCAACAGAACAGUGUCGUCCUAGCUCACUGUAUCGGCUGUUCUGCUCCCCCUGCUUCUAAAACUCCUACCCAGAGAGAAGCAGGUACCAGGUCAUAUUCACGGAAGAAUAAAAACAGAUUACCAAACCAACCCUCACCCCAACCCUCACCCUUAUCUCAGAAUUCUUAUCAGGCAACAAAUUCCAAACCAAAACCGGAAAAGGCCGAAAAGAAACCCGAACUAAACGGCUGCGAGAAGAAGAACAUGGUAUCUGAAGUUUACAACCAUAACAAUGUUCCUAAUGAAGAUGCCACCUCAGAUUCGUACCAAGAGAUAAUCAAGUAUUUUAGAAAAUUGAGAACCAACUUCGUUGACGACAGUUUUAGACCGUGUAACAAGUCAGUAUUCGGAGAGGAGGUCACAACAUCACGUGACCUGAGUGACCCUAGUAACGGUAGUCAUGGUAACGCGGUCACGUGGUUGAGACCCCACGAGAUUGAUGCGGGUUACCCUGGGAUCAAAUGGACCGUUUUUAGAACGCCCCUUCCUACUGAUAUUGUGCAGGGCUCGCUGGGGGACUGUUGGCUGUUGAGCUCACUCUCUGUUCUAGCAGACAGACCUAGCCUGAUUGAACAAAUAUUUCUCAACAAAUCUGUGUCUCUUGAAGGGGUGUAUGAAGUCCGCCUCUGUAAAGAUGGACAGUGGACGAAUGUGAUAGUUGACGAUUACUUCCCCUGCCUUCCCAGUAAGAAGCUCAUGUUCGCACAGAGUGACCGGAAGCAGCUGUGGGUUCCGAUAAUAGAGAAGGCAGUUGCAAAGCUAUUCGGUGGGUACCACAACCUGAAAGCUGGUCAUUGCAGUGAGGGACUACAGUUACUGACCGGAGCCCCAAUUGAGUGUCUCAAGAUGUCCGACUAUGAGGAAGAUCUUGAACUUUUCUGGGGUAUGUUGCUGAGUUACAAAGAGGCCGGUUACCCAAUGGGAGUUUGUUGUAUGGGGGAGGAGGAACAGGCUGCUAGCCUAGGUUUGACAACUCGUCACGCGUAUUCCCUGCUAAAUCUCCACGGGAUAGAACACCUGAGAUUGGUGCAGCUGAGGAACCCUUGGGCUAAGGAUACCUGGACUGGCCCGUACAACAACAAGUGCACUAAUUGGACUCAGGAACUCCGGACAGAACUUAUGGUAUUUGAAGAUUCAAGUGAAGCAGUGUUCUGGAUGGAGCUGACAGAUUUUGUCCGGUACUUCACGACACUUGACGUGUGUCACCUCCACCAGGGCUGGCAGGAGUGGAGGAGUACCGGGACUCUUUCUAUCACCUCUCCGGUCGUGACCUACAUCUCCGUCUGCGAGACAUCCUGUCUUGAUAUAUCUCUGAUCCAGACCUCCCGGCGGGGCUCCAGCUUAACGAGUCUAGUAGACCUGAGUGUGGUAGUGUUGAGAUGUGGCGAGGACAACACGCCCCAGUCUGUGGUGGAGUACUCCGGGAGAAGUCUCCUCAGUAACGUCACCUGCUCCACCCUCGUCUCACCUGGCACCUACAUGGUCCUCCCCCUCUCCUUUCUCUCCCCAGAGUUGGACACUAAGUACACGCUGGUGUGCCUGGCUGAUAAGAACUGGUGUGUGUGGCAGGGGCCGGGGUCCGCUGACUUGGUGGCUGAUGUGCUCUACAAAGUGACCCUCUCAAAGGGUGAGCACCGGGACGCUCUCCAGGGAUGUUCAGUCUACCAGCUGAACAAGAAGGUAGCAGGUUUGGUGAUGGCGGUUGAGAACCGCAACCCACACCGCUACUUCCAUAUCUCGUGUGACAAUCACAACACGAGCAACGUGGUCAGCACACGUGGUCAGAUCACCACGUCCGACUGGAUACCUCCUCUCUCCCGCAUGAUCAUCAUGAUCCUCACCCAGCUGGACGAAACGUGCGGGUUCAAGAUACAAAGCUCCUACAAGUUUAGUUUACUUCAGGAGGGACCGGUGGAUGAGGCAGAACAUGCGCCUCCGCUUGAAGGCACACUGCACAAAGUUUACCCGCUAUGAUGAAGUUCCACGGCAAAGUGGUCACCAAUCGGUUAGAAUCUGACAACCACUUGUUGCAUCGUUAAAUUGAAUUAGAUGGAAAUGGAAUGAGCUGUCGAUUGUAAGACUUUUAUUUAAAAUUUAAUUGAACUGUGAAUUGUAGUCUUAAAUUCUUGUGAAAUUUAAAUAGUUAUAGUUGUAUAAACCAGUUUAAUAUGUUAAUUGUAUGUACAUCAUUUAUCUAGGAUAUUUGUAUACAGUUUCUUCUCAUAAUUUUUUAUGUCGAGCGGAACUUGAAUUUAAAUUAGGUCGGAUGUACUGAGUGUUUUGUAUAUAAUUAUAUUAUAUAUUAUAGACGAACCAGUUGAUAUUCUUUCUAUGCAGAAAUUAUGAAUAAUUUACCAUAAAUUUAUUAUAAUGUUGAGUUAGCUAUUUAUCGAAUGUCAUUAUAUUUUCAUCAUUGAUGGACGGUCAUGUA